AUGAGCUGGAAGGCGAGGCAAGCCACCACCCAGAACGCCCAGCAGCCCGAGAGAAACGUCAAGCCCAAAUCGCGGCGACCGCAGAAGAGAAAGUCCAAGUCACUGGCUUUUCAGGCAGAAGCUCAGAUGUGUCAGUGGCCUGCAAAAAGCGAACAGGAUGGGUCGUUUCAGCGGCAGUUCGUACAGUGUGAUAACUGCGACUUGUGGUACCACUUUGGCUGCGUUGGUUUUGGUGAGGGAGAUCCUCGUUUGGAGGAGCUGGAUUCUGUCUUCAUCUGUCCGCCUUGCUGGUACACCUUGCGCAAGCGCGGUGAAAUAUGUGCCCGUCCAGAUUGUUCACUCGCCCGGCCUGAUACAGAAGAGUUUGUCAUCGAGCGCCUAGUCGGGCGGAAAACCGUCGGGGAAGCUGGAUACCUGUUUUUGGUGAAAUGGGAGGGGUACCCGAUCGCGCAAGCUAGCUGGAUCCCUGAGGGGAGUGUAACCGGUGUCUCGCGAGUCUUUGAUCGGUUUGUGGCAGAUGCGACGGCUGAGGGUAUCAAUCUCAAUCCGAAAGGCGUUGUUUUGCUGGAGGAGGCGAGAAAUGGCGGAUGGAAUAUGUAG